CUUUUUGACCGCGAGAGCAAGGUGCCACGUUCCAGAUUAGAGAUGACCACUCUCCACUUGCAAGCUGACCGAAUACGUUCAUUGUUCUUAGACACCAGAUACUUUUGGAUUCUCGCUCUCCUUGUCGUUGCAUCAGAUGCCAUUCUUGUCAGUCUCAUCGUUCAUUUUGUUCCCUAUACGGAGAUUGACUGGGAAACUUAUAUGAUACAAGUUGAAACGUAUAUAAAGGGACAACGCGAUUACUCCCAAAUCUCUGGCCCAACAGGACCUCUUGUCUAUCCGGCAGGACAUGUUUACAUUCACCAAUUUCUCCAUUUCAUCUGCGACUUUGGCAAGAAUAUCAAGCUGGCCCAGUACAUUUACUCUGGCUUAUACUUGCUUUCCAUUAUGCUGUCAUGCGCUAUCUACCGGCAAGCUGGGACAUCAAAUUGGGUGGUUCUCCUACUGCCUCUGAGCAAACGUCUCCACUCCAUCUACGUGCUGCGUCUUUUCAAUGACUGCUGGUCUGUGGUAGCCAUGCAAGCAGCAGUACUGGCGUAUCAGUUGGGCAAAGAUGAUAUUGGGACUUUAUUUUUCAGUGCUGCAUUGUCCGUCAAGAUGUCGAUCAUACUGUACCUUCCGGGACUUCUCGUUAUCUUGUUCAAGAAAAGAGGAUUUCUUUAUACCAUUCAAAAGCUCCUCGUCAUCUUCGCCACCCAGGUCCUUAUUGCAUUCCCUUUUAUUCGGGAUAACUGGAGAGAGUAUGUUCAAGGGGCGUUUAAUUUGUCGCGUGUGUUUCUCUACAAGUGGACGGUAAACUGGCGGAUGGUCUCCGAAGAAACUUUUCUAAGUCCUCAGUGGAAGAGAGCACUGCUAUUGGGACAUGUCUGUACACUCAUCGCCUUUGGGUGGAACCGGUGGUGUAAACGGGACGGGGGAGUGCCUCAAGUCCUUCUACGAGGAUUACGACGUCCUACCCUUCCAGCAAGUCUAAUCUCAGUGACAGCGGAAUCUAUCGCUGCCAUUCUGUUCACUUCCAAUCUUAUUGGCGUCCUCUUCGCAAGGUCUCUCCACUACCAGUUCUAUUGUUGGUAUGCUCAACAGCUCCCAUUUUUAACUUGGAAGACACGGUAUCCUCUAGUGGUCAAGCUCGCCCUUCUUGUAGGUGUAGAAUAUGCAUGGAAUAUUUUUCCUUCGACCUCGGCGUCGUCUGCUAUCUUAUUUAUAUCAAACUCUCUUCUUCUUGCUGGGUUAUAUGUAUCCGAGUAA